GCAAUAAAGUACCUGGCAGUCCCGGGUGACGAAGGAGGCCUGCAAGAACUUCGAGCACACAAAGCCCCAAGUUUAUGAGGGCUACGGCCGAGCAGAGCACCUCAGACCCGAUCCCAAGCGUCUCGGCUCCCUGAAGACCCUGGACGUGACAGAGCACCUAGGACCAAAGCCUUGCAGUGGCGUAGUAGCUGUGUUGGUUGCAGGAUAUGAGAGACACGCGGCAGGUCGCGGUCGAGAGCUGGAACAAACACGACCAGAAGCUUUUCGAAGCCGUCGAGAAGGGGGACGUGGGCCGAGUUUCCGUCCUGGCUUCCAGAAAGACCGCGAGACCCACCAAGCUCAAUGCCCUGGGCCAAUCUGCGUUCCAUCUGGCAGCUUCCAAAGGGCUCACCGAAUGCCUGACCAUCCUGCUGUCCCAUGGGGCGGAAGUCAAUGAGAAGAAUGAUGACGGUACGGGCAGCACGGCGUUGCACCUGGCCACCAUCGCCUGCCAGCCCCAGUGCGUGAAGGUUCUGCUGCAGCACGGUGCCAACGAGGACUGCGUGGAUGGGGAGAACCGCACCCCCCUACACUGGGCCGCCUCCUCGGGGUGUGCAUCCAGCGUCCUGCUCCUGUGCGACCAGGAGGCCUUCCUGGAUGUCACCGAUAACAACGGACGCACGCCCCUGAUGAUAGCGGCCAUGGGGAACCAUCCCGCCAUCUGCUGCCAGCUGCUCCAGAGAGGGGCCAGCGGCGACCUCACAGACAAGGACCAGAAGACUGCUCUGAUCCUGGCCUGCGAGAGCUCCAGUGUGGAGUCGGCCGAGUUGCUGCUGCGCAGCGGGGUGGAUCUCAGCCUGGCGGACAGGACGGGCCAUGACGCCCUGCACUACGCCCUGCAGUCCCAGAGCCGCCCGCUGAGGAGGCUGCUGCGCAGCGCCCUGAAGAAGAGGAAGAGAAGAGAGCACGGACCCAGCCGUCAAACAGGAGCCACUGCACAGGUGACCGCCGAGCCACCGGAGCACAGCAUCAGCAGCACAACCUUGCAGAGCGAGGGAGGCGGAGACACCGACGGGGAUGAAGAGGAUCUCGACGCCGAGGAGUGGAGGUGUCGGUACGAAGACGAGCAGACGAAGGUCCUGCAGCUGGAGGAGCAGCUGGUGAUGAAGGCGAAGGAGUGUGAUGCCCUGGCGGAGGGGUGCAAGGUGAUGAAGGAGAGGAUUUGGGAACAGGUGCAGGAGAUAAGCCAGCUGUUGCCGGAGAGGGCAGAUGAGGGCAGGCGGGUGUUGAGCCGCCGGUACAGCCGGGACACCACGGAAGAGGACUAUUACCUGAACCUUUUGGCUGAACAAGUGCAAGAGCUGAAGAAGAGACAGCAAGAGGCAGGGAGAGGAGGAAGCCAGAACGUAGCAGUGAAGGAAGAGAGGAUACAGUGGCCGGGGGAGGAGGAAGAAGAGGAGAAGAGACACCAUCAGGAGGAGUUGAUGCGGCUCCAGGCCGAAGUGGCCACGGCGCUGGAGGGGAAGGAGAGCGCGACGAAGAGGGUGGUGGAGAUCGAAGGCCAUCUGGAGAACAUGAGGGCGGUGAUCGCCGUCUACGAGGCCAAGAAGCGGGCCCACAGUGAGGCACUGGAGCAGCUCCAGGCUCGUGUUGCUGAGCUCGACGGCGACAACCAACGGCUACGUGGGCUGCUGGGAAAGCAGCAAGGAGAAAGCCAGAAGGCAGGAAGGCAGGAAGUGGAUCAGAGAAGGCCCAGAGCCGCUCUCUGUGCUGAGCUAGGCCAGUUCCUGUCAUGGAUGAGGGAGGCGGCUGCCAGAGCACAGGAGGAGAAGGCCGCGGUCCUCGCUGAAAAUGAGGCUCUGAAGAGGGAGGCAGAGGAGGCCCUCGGGGGCAAAUUUCACCUCGAGUCGGUGCCAUCAGAAGCCAUCAGGAAGAGCAUGGCCUCUUGGGAGAAGAUGGUGAUGGGCUUAGAACAUGCUCUGGCCAAGAUGGAUGAAGCCAACUCCAGCUUCCUGGAGAAAGCCAGGCCUCUUCAGGAAGCCAUCGCAAUCCCUCAGAGCAAGCAGGAGUCAGGGGUCUUGGUAAACGGCAUGGUGGCUUCCCAGCUCCAGGAGCUCAGAAAUGGCCUGGAGCAGCAUGAGGAGGAAAGCAAUGUCUUUAGAGAUGAGGCUGAGUCUCCACUGAGACAACCUCAAUCCCUGGAGGAGCUGGAGAAGGGCAGGAUGGAAAAGAACCAACUCCAAGAUGGCCCCCAUGGGCAACUCAGACCUAGGCUGAGGAAUGAUUCUGUGGAAACCAAGGGCCAGGCCAGGAGGAGAAGCUCUGACCUAGAGAAAGAGGUGUCGGACCUCAGACAGAACAAUGGCAGCCUCAUGAACGAGUUGGCCCAGCUGGGCCAGGAGAGGGAGAAGCUGCAGGAUGAGCUCCAGCGCCUCUGGCAGCACCAGAAGGAGGGGUCUCCCCAAGGAGAGGCGCAGGGCCUGGUGGAGGAGCUGAGGCAGAGAGUGGCCACCUUGUCCCGGGAGCUGUCAGCUGAGAAGGAAGAGACCAAGAAGCUGAGACUAAGGCUAGAGACUCAGAAGAGGGAGAUGGUGGUGCUGAGGGACAGCUUCCUCAAGCAGAUGAUGGGAGAGGCCAACAGCGUGGGAAGCCAGAGCCUCAGCACCUGCAUCUUGGAGGAGCUGCACUGGAAACUGGACAACCUGGUGAAGAAGCAUAACGAGGCCCUGCAGCUGGUGUCGGAGAUAGAAGAGGAGAGCCAGGUGCUUGGGGGCGACCAGGGUCCCGCCGUGCAGUGUGAGGCUAUCGAUGCCUCCGUGGAGGGCGAGAAAAGCCCUCAAAGCCACAGUGUCCAGGCCCUCGGUCAGGAAGCGUCCGAGACUUUGGAGAUCGUUGGCGGAGAGCUGGUGCUUGAACCCUGGCGUUGGGUGAAUGAGCUGGAGAGAGAUCUGUGGGAGCUGAAGGAGGAGCUAGAGGCAGCUCAGGCCACCCUGGGCGGUGAAAGCCACGACGUGACCAAGCUGAAGCAGAUGCUCGACCGACUGCCUGUGAAGGUGGCAGAGUUGUGCUCGGAGGAGGAGGAGACCCUGCGGAUGCAUGAGAAGGCCUGGAGCUCCCUGGCGCUCCAGACUCAGGCUCUGGAAGAGGAGCUGCGAGCCCUUCAGGAGAAGCAUGAGGAGGUGAGGGGGAAGUCCGCCCAGCGAGAGGAGGCCCUGGCCGCAGAGAAGCAUAAGAACAAGGACCUGCUGGCCAAGAUGGCGGAGCAGGAGAAGGAAGCAGGAGAGCUGAGGGGGAAGUUGGAGCAGCUGGAGAGAACCAUCCAGAAGCUGAACAAGAAGGUGGAGGAGCUCUCCAGGACCUGCCAGGACAAAGAAGGGAAGAUUAAAAAGCUGCUGAAGGAGACGGAGAAGCUUUCGGCAGAGAUCCUGGCCCUCCGCAGCGAGAGUGCUCGUCUCCAGCUGCAGUCAGAGGUUAAGGAAAAAAAUCACCAGGAGAUUGUUACUAUCUACAGAACCCACCUGCUCAAUGCAGCCCAGGGGUUCAUGGAUGAAGAAGUUCACUCGAUGCUGCUCCGAAUCCUGAGGGCGAAGGACGAAUGAGCUUUGCCCCCCUCUUCCCGGGAACUAGGAUCUGUCUUCUGUGCAAGAACAUUCCAGGUAACAACCAGGAGACUGGAGGGCCAAGGCCACACCUUUCCAGCAGCGAGGAUAGCGCUCGAGGAACCAGCUGACGCAUCACUGGGACCACGUCUGCCACCCCACCGAGCCAGAGACCCAUCCUCCAAGGAUGUCAACGCAAGAUGAUCACCUCUGCAAUAGCUUUGGUGGUUUUCCCCCCUCCCAACCUGCCUCUUCCCGGUCUCCACGUGCUGCUGGCUGAGCACUGGGGCUUUAUUUCAAAUAGCCCCAGAGAUUUGAAAUCAUUUACCUUUGAAAGAUGGGCCGCGGGGCAAGCGUCGCUUGUAACAAACAAGGCGCUGCAGCUGCUAGACGCAGUGACUCGAUCAGCCUCUCGCACGCCUGGAUACAGGACUAGAACCCAGGCCGUUUUGCGCCACAGUCCCCGCCCUCUACCACUUGCGCUAAAGGACAGCUCCCUUCCCUGCUUGUAGAGGUCGUUUCCUUAUCUUCUCUGAGGGCACAGCUAGCUGAGAGCAACAGGAAAGCAUGCACCGAGUAAACUCUACGUCAGCCUCCCUCUCGCUGCAACUGCAGACUGACGAGGCAGCCAAAGUGUUUGGACUUUGGUAGCACCUAGGAGCCCCCAGCAUGGAGCAGGAUCCCAGGGUGCUAGGGGCUGUACAACCACAAAACAAAAUGACGGUCAACCAGGGUUCCUUUUCCUGCCUCACCUUUCCACCACGGGGCUGUUUCUGUUCAUCGGGUGAGCAAGGUAGUGGGGUUUGCCCUUCAGACCAGGUUGCUGCAGGAGCGAAUCAGGCUGAGUUGGCCAUCGGAUACGUUGCAGCAGUGCUGAACUCUCCAAUUCAGAGGUGGGGGCAACUGAGACAUCCGUCCUCGUUCUUUGCUUCCUGCUGGAUCAGGACACAGUCUGAUCCUGCUCCCAUUGGAGUGAGUGGCCAAAAUCCAAUUGAUUUCCAAGGCACGGGAUCAGGCCUCUAAAAAGUAGACAGCUCCUUGGUGUGCCUCUCUUACAUCAGAGGCUCUGGCUGGUUGGCUUUGCCCUUGCCUCGGUCCUGAGUCUGUUUGGCUGUGGAAAGAAAAUGACCUGCUUCCAGAUGUUUAUUCUGGAACCAGGCUUUGGUGCAAGGCCAGAUCCUUGUGGCUAUCUGAGCAGUGCUGGGAGGAGCGGAGCACCGGGGGGAAUGAAAGCGCUGAGAUCAGCAAACAGAGGGAAGGGGUUUCCACUGAGCUAGGAGCUGAGAGACUCUUGUGGGCCUAGAAUUUUGUCACAUGGUCUCAGCCUUGCCACCUGAAAAAGACACUAGCAUAGGCAGUGUUGUCUAGUGGGUAGGGGACGCGACAGAAGACCUGGGUUCUAGUCUUGACCCUACUGCGUAGCCUUGGGCAAAUCCAUGUUGCUGCUCCGUGCCUCAGUUUCCCUUCCCAGACUUUGUCUAUUUAGAUUGUAAAUUCUUGGGGCGGGGAUUGUUUCUUAGGGUGUGUUUGUAGCGUGGCCGCCCUCCUCUGGGUUGGGGCCCAAGGUGCUGC